UGUUCAGUUGACCAAAUCGUCGGUCUCAACUUUUCUUUUUUAAAUCUCUUUUGGUAAUUGUCACUACAAAGCCAAAAAAGACAAUGUGUAAGUGAUAAAAAUAAUAAAGUUCACAAUUGGCCUCUCCUCAAACUUAUCCCCACCACAUAUAUACUUAUUCUUCUUCCUCAUUUCGCUCCACUUUCCGUACUUUAUCACAACAACACACACACGCAUGCACACACACAAAAGCCUCUUGGUCUGAAUCUGAUACCUCAACAACAAUGGAGUCUCUAAAUCUAUUUAUCUCUUUCUUUCUCUUCUCAUAUUUCUUCUUAGGUGCUGAAUCGGAUCACCUUCAGCAUAGUAACUUAGGGAGCUUGAGACCGAACAGGCUGUUCGUAUUCGGAGAUUCCUAUGUAGACACGGGAAACAUAAGGAAGUCUCUCUCCGAUUCUUGGAAAAUUCCUUACGGCAUCACUUUCCCACAGAAACCCUCCGGUCGUUUCUCCGAUGGUCGUGUCGCCACCGAUUUUCUAGCAAGAUACAUGGGGAUAAAGUCACCGAUCCCAUACACGUGGAAGGGUUACGCGGGAAAGGAACGGCUAUCGUAUGGGAUGAAUUAUGCAUACGGAGGAACAGGAGUCUUUACGACUAAAGACAAUCCACUGCCAAACAUGACAACUCAGAUUGAUUAUUUCCAACGUGUCGUCGCCGCCGGCAAUAUCUACUCUCCCUCCGAUCUCCCCUCCUCCCUCGCUCUCAUUAGCGUCGCCGGCAACGACUACGGCACAUUCAUAGCCCUACAACGCCCAUUGACCGAGUUACCGGCAUUCAUAAAGCAAGUCGUUGAUCAAAUAGAGGUAAACGCGAGACGCAUCUACAAGUUAGGAGUGAAGAAGAUAGCGAUUACUUCAAUGCAGCCACUUGGAUGCCUCCCUAGCGUCACCGUCUUUACUUCAUUCCAACGUUGCAACGCCACAGAUAACAUAUCAACGAACCUUCACAACUUUUUUCUGCACAAAGCCAUCUCCAGGCUUAACAGUGAGACCAAGCCAUCCACUUUCGUCGUCAUUGAUCACUACAACGCCUUCUUGACCGUUUUCAAGAACAAAGGAUCGGAACCGGGUGCAAUGAGGUUCGGGAACCCGUUGGAACCGUGUUGUGUCGGGAUUGACAGCAAACACGAUUGUUCAAACGUGGACGAGAAAAGUGAGAAGAAGUACAAAGUUUGUGAAGAUCCAAAGGGUGCCUUCUUUUGGGACAUCUUUCAUCCGAGCGAAGAAGGAUGGAGAUCUGUUUACUCGGUUUUACACAAAAGUCUCAAAGACGUUUGGAUUUAAGAGUAAGAUUGAAGAAGGGUUUCAAGUCAAGCCCUCAAUGGUUAUAUGGUGCAUAUUAUGAGGAACGUCGUCGAAGUCAUGGAUAUAUAAAAGCAGUGGUUAUAAGAAUAUUUUUAAUAUUCUGUUUUAUGAUCAUGUUAAAUCACAAGCUGUUCUUAAAUUGGUAAGUUGAGACUUUAGAAGCCUAUAAUAUAUAUACUCAGAGAGAAGAAAAGGACUGGUCAAUGUAUUUAGACUAGAUGCAACAUAGAAAACUACACACCACGUUCCAAAUUUUUUUAUA